UCACACUGGGGCUGGCAGGGAUGUCCCUGUCACCCUGCUGCCAGCCCCUGAGCUCUUCUCCACCUUUCCAGAAACACUAUUUCCCCAUCGACUACAUGGUCCAGGUCCAGUACAAAGAGGUGCUGAGGCCCUCCAACAUCACCUGCCUGCGCAACAGGACAGUGUCAGAGGUGGCACUGCAGUACCUCUGGUUCCAUGUCAGCUCCCAGGCUGUUCUGAGGAUCCAUGAGGUGCUGCCGGAGAAGCACCCAUCCUGGAAGUACACACAGGAGCUCUGCCAGCUCUUGGAUGCCCUGGGCAAGGAGUACAGCAAGUACUGGCAGGUAGGGAGACCCUGCCCCCUACCCCCCCCCCCCACCCCAGCUCUAUCCACAAACUCACAUGUGGCCUUACACACCCCUUGCGGGGCUGCUGGGUACACCAGGUGCCUGUUCACACAGGCAUGCAUGGUACAUGGACACAGCUGUGGGGUACAUUCACACACAACGUGCGCUGUGGGCACAUGCACCCAUGGGUGUGAACACCCCCUCCCUGCAUGGGGGUCUUGGAGAGAUGGCAUGGAUGGGCUGCUGGGGGCAGAAGUUGGCACCUGGGGUGCAGGGCCAUGGGACAGCAUGCCCAACAUCUGA